UCACGUUUUCGGUACAACAUAACCCAACAUUUCAGUAGGUUUUGAAAAUCAAUCCGUUCGAACUUUGUCAAAUUCGGAUUUUCAUUUUCGUCUUCUUCUUUCAUUAAUUUAACAUUUUACGAAACUGCAUAAUAGAACAUUAAAUACGAAUUUGAAGUAUGAAAUUUGUCGUUGAAAAUUUAACUAAAUGCGCACCCCGAGUGGGCGCACUACAAGAAAUCAGAAAUUAUCCCAACUAUGUACUUGAAACACCAUUGCCAAUGCUGUAUACAAGGGGUGGUGGACUGCCUCACAUAACACAUGAAGUGUUUAAGAUUAUAUGCAAAGGUCCACAGAUUAUUCAGGUGCCCCUUGUUAGCACCUAUCAAUAUCAAGAAGUAAUGGAAGAGUUUCAUGGAAGUAUUGCAGAGUUUGUUGGACUUAAAGAUUGCUUGACAUGUGUAACAGUUCAAGAUCCAGGAGAUUUAACUCAUUCUGGACAUCACCAGAGGGAAAUGAUACCCUUAUGGACUCGCCAAGGCAAAGUACUAUUAAGUGCUCAACAAUACAUGAAUAUUGUUGAAUCCUUUAAACCAGAUAUGUACUACUUCUUAUCUGAUGGCGACACAAAUGCAAAGAGUGCUAAUAAAAGAAUAGCAAAGUCUGUGGAAAAUACCAAAGAUUUCUUUAAGCAGUGCUUAGAACGCCAUAAAAGGUCUACCACAUUGGUAAAUUCAUUUCCAAUGGGUGCAAUUGCAGGAGGUUAUAGCAAGGAUGCAAGGAAAGAAUGCAUUGAAUUGAUGGCAAACAAUGAAAUCCUAAAGGGAUUUCUCAUUGAUGGGUUACAUAAUAAUGGUCCAGAAGUGGAGUUUAUUCCAUUUGAUGAGCCCAAAACUAUUGUUGAAUAUGUUAUUGACAAUUUGCCAGCGGACAAACUGCGUGUUGUGCAAGGCUGUUGGAAUCCAUUGGUUAUUAUAAAGUUAGUUCAACUUGGUGUGGAUGUAUUUGAUACGUCAUAUUGUAAUUUAGUGACUGAACGUUCGUCCGCUCUUGUAUUUUCGACUGAUUUGCAUUGUGACGAUAAUCAUCCUUAUGAAAUUAAUCUCCGUCAGAGACAAUAUGUUGAUGACUUCAAGCCAAUUAUAGAAGGUUGCGAGUGUUUAGCGUGUCAAAAACACACUAAAGCUUAUAUCUAUCAUUUGGUGACUGUUCAGGAAUUGUUAGGUCCAUUACUACUAACUAUACACAACAACCAUCACUUUAUGAAAUAUUUCGAAAAGAUAAGAAACGCAAUAAAAGACGGAACUAUCGCCGAAUUGGAACGAGUAGUGGAAAAGCAGUUCAGACAAAAUCAACCCAAUUUGGCGCAACACACAAAAGACGAAUUGCAAACCGAGAGCAGCAACUAGUGAAAAUUUCGUAAUAAGGAAUGUGACUUUUUAAACAGUGAUUGACUAUGUUUGAUUAUGGAGUAUUUUUGUUACCGUGAAUGAAUAUGCACUUAUCAAGUAAAAUUCUGAAACAAGUUUAUAUUA